UAACUAAACUUCCAGAGUGUAGCCUAUCCUUAAAUCGUCAGCUGCCAACCUAAUAAGAUCACUAAUUUACCCCAUCUUUUUCCUAGGUAUGUUGGUAACCUGUCCAGAGAUGUAACAGAAAUUUUGAUUCUUCAGCUGUUCACCCAAAUUGGACCUUGCAAAAGUUGUAAAAUGAUAACUGAGGUAAGAUGUAUUCUGCUCUAUUAGCUAUGAUGACUUAUGGAGACAAUUAGUUUCAUUAAUGGAUUAUGUACUAGGUCUAGGAAUUCACGUCAGUAUACAGUGUAGCUACUACUGUUAACCUUUGACUGUAACAACUGUCAUUAGCUAGGUUUCCAUCCAACUGGUGACAGAUUUUCAUGCAAAUAUUCAAAAAUCUGCAUAAAGAAAAUAUGCGCAUUUUCCCACCAGUGGUGUGUUUCCACCAAAUGGGCUUGUUGAUUAUUAUGGAUAAGAGUGAGAAUUAUUUUUAUUUGUCAAAUGGCAGUCAAGCAUCGAUCAUUGUGUCACCAGAAUAAGACCCACGAUAUUUAUUGGAAAGGAGCAUCAAGCUCAUCACCGUACACUUUCACCACCCUGUGAAGUUCAUCAUAAUUUAUUUCAUCUGUAGCCUAAUAAACUGCAUGGUUUCCUGAGUCGUAGAGGGAGGACCACGGACCAUAUCAUCACGUGACUCCCAAGUUUACGUUGAAAUUAUGGUUAUUAUAUCAAUAUUUGCGCAUAAAGGCGUUUCUACGGUAUGACUUUACUCUCAUAAAUACUGUGGAUGGAAACGUGUUUAAUGGCACAUACCAGUUUUUCACAUAAUUAAGUCCUUUUUUAUGUCCCUAUUGUUUUAUCAAUGUUGCCUUUGUUGGUCUUAUUUCUCACUUAAAACUGAUUACAUUUGCAUCAUGUUGAUAAACACACCAUUACAUUUACAUAAUUGCUUUGACACAUCAAGGAGAGAAAAGGUCAUUUGUAAUUAGGCUAGGCCUACCCUUUUAUAAAGCAUUUAGCUUAGAUCCUUGCAGAACCUAAAAUGGAUUUUUUAUGCAGUUCUCUUCAAAAUAAUUUUAAUCGUCACCCAAAAGGGAUCAGAUUCAGCACCUCCCCUAACUUGAGAGUAAACCUUUCUAAUAUCCUCCUCCUUGCAGUUACCGUAGUUACAGGGGGAGAAGGGUAAACAUGGUCUACCAUGGGAUGCUGAUGUAAUGGCCUCUAGUGGACCUGUCCUCAAGUUUCUCGACAUCUCCAGCGUAGCUGGGUGAGACAGUAUAGGCUACCCUCCAUAUGAACUAGAUGACAGUCUUUGAUUUGAUCUCUUUUUUUGUCCUGAAUAGCUCGUUUAGUCAGAUGUAUCAGGGGAUAUUUACUAGUCUAAAUGGGGUGUUUUCCGUUUUGGCUACUUUUCUCUCUCCUUUAGUAAAUGUAUGAUUAGGCCUUUUUCAAAUGCCUCAAAAAUGGUAACUGAUUCCUCUGCUAUUAUAGUGGGUUAUAUCUAUAUAUUGUGCAAUGAAUGCAAUCAGAUCAAAUUGCUUAUUUUUUUAAUGGAUGAAACAGCCAUUAGGUUAGCCUUUGGCGUUCCUGUCCAAAAGAGGAAAGUUAGGGUUAUUGAAUCCCAGCCUUUUAAACAAUGGCCAUUAUUUUAAUUGGCUAACAUCUCCGUUACAUAUUGCAACACAAUGUUGAUGAUACAUGGUAAUCCCCCCAAUAGAGUAACAUGGUCACUCAGUUCUUGCAAUUGUAUUCCAAAUAACAUUAUAUGUUUGGCAAUAAUAUACUCUCCCAACUUGGCAAUAAUAUACUCUCCCAACUUGGCAAUAAUAUACUCUCCCAACUUUUUUUUCUCAGCAACCCGAUAGCAGGAGGAUGAACUCUUCUGUCGGAUUUUCUGUUUUGCAGCAAUCAAGCAAUGACCCGUAUUGCUUUGUGGAGUUCUUUGAACAUAGAGAUGCUGCUGCUGCCCUAGCAGCCAUGAACGGGAGGAAGAUAUUGGGAAAGGUAAUUUUUCCACUCUGAAAUGUAGGACUGUGUGUGUGUGAGGCGGUUUUCUUGCUAAGAAGUGCUGGUUCUAACUAGGGUUGAAUGGCGGGAACCCGGUUACCGAGAUUUACCGGGAUUUACCGCCCAAAACCACUCCCUUUUCCCGGGAUAAAUAACUGCGAGAAACCGGUAAAUUAUAAUAAAUUAUUUAUAUGAACAGCAUGACGUGAAAUGGAACUGUUAAAUUACAUGCGAUGUCUAAAUCUGGCUUCUCUACGGCUUCUGUAUGAUGAAUCAACACUCAGGGUGGGGACAGACAGCCCAUCUCAGUAUGGAGCGCAGUUCACAAUGCAUGUAGACCUAUCAUCUCAUCAUGGUAACUUUUUUUCUUGUGACAGGUUGGCCUACAUUUGCUGCAGCAUAGCCUAUGCUACAGUAAUAUAAAGACAGAGUUAGCGUCUAAUUUACCCAUCACCAUCUGGCUUUCGGGGGUCACCUUGUUUUUUUAAUUGUAAAGAUAAAAAACAUUUUUUUAUUGCAGUUGAAGAGUUUUAAAACAGCCUAUCAUUUGAAUAUCAGUGCAUGCGCGAGCACUCUCUCGCAGUCUCUCUCUCUCUCCAUCAACUCCAUUCAAAUUGCAUCCAAAAUAGAUAAUCCUGUUCUAGAUUCAUAUAUAGCCCUAUAUAUAGAUGUCCUAGCCUACCUCUUUCAGGUAAUACAUUCAAUGCAGUAUUAGCCUUAUAUUUAGCUAAUUAAUGGUGGGUUAUGCAUAAUAAGCUUCUAACCUCUGUCUCUUGUGCAAUAUGCAAGCACCUGUGCUCCGCUGGCCUCUCCUUAAAAAACGCUCCUUAGCUCUUGUAGUCCCAUGCAGGAAAAGCUAGACUAGAAUAGCUUGCUGAACAUUUUUUUUUUAGCAUUUCUUAUACCAAUAGACUAUUCAAAGAUGGACGCAAGCUCUUUUUUGCUGAAUGUUAAAUACAGCAGCCAAUAGAAUUCACGGGUAGUUUGAAAGAAGAGUGAAUGCGCGAUGGCGGUAGGCUAUAGCAGUUAUUUAUUCAGACCCAUAACCAUUCAAUCUUUGUGAAGAGAAGGGAAAGCCUUCUGCAUCUAAUUCUAGUCCUAUAUUAUUAAAGGAUGUCAUUAGAAUGAUUAAGAUAAGGACCACAACUUAUUUCAUUUAACUUUUGAACGUGAGGAAGGAAUGAAGCAACAAUAGAGAGAGAAAGAGGAGGUAGGCUAAUAACAUUAGGGGAAAUAUUAUGAAAGGGGUCGGAAAGUAUUCAGACCCCUUGACUUUUUCCACAUUUUGUUACGUUACAACCUUAUUCUAAAAUUGAUUAAAUAAAACAAUUUCCUCAGCAAUCUACACACAAUACCCCAUAUUGACAAAGCGAAAACAGGUUUUUAGAAAUUUUUGCAAAUGUAUUAAAAUAAAAAACGGAUACCUUAUUUACAGAAGUAUUCAGACCCUUUGCUAUGAGACUCGAAAUUGAGCUCAGGUGCAUCCUUGAAAUGUUUCUACAACUUGAUUGGAGUCCACCUGUGGUAAAUUCAAUUGAUUGGACAAGAUUUGGAAAUGCAAACACCUGUCUAAAUAAGGUCCCACAGUUGACAGUGCAUGUCAGAGCAGAAACCAAGCCAUGAGGUCGAAGGAAUUGUCCGUAGAGCUCCGAGACAGGUUUGUGUCGAGGCACAGAUCUGGGGAAGGGUACCAAAAAAUGUAUGCAGCAUUGAAGGUCCCCAAGAACAUAGUGGCCUCCAUCAUACUUAAAUGGAAGAAGUUUGGAACUCCACCAAUCAGGCCUUUAUAGUAGAGUGGCCAGAUGGAAGCCACUCCUCAGUAAAAGGCACAUGACAGCCCGCUUGGAGUUUGCCAAAAGGCACCUAAAGACUCUCAGACCAUGAGAAACAAGAUUCUCUGGUCUGAUGAAACCAAGAUUGAACUCUUAGGCUUGAAUGCCAAGCGUAACGUUUGGAGGAAACCUGGCACCAUCCCUACGGUGAAGCAUGGUGGUGGCAGAAUCAUGCUCUGGGGAUGUUUUUCAGCGGCAGGGACUGGGAGACUAGUCAGGAUCGAGGCAAAGAUGAACGAAGCAAAGUACAGAGAGAUCCUUGAUGAAAACCUUGCUCCAGAGCACUCAGGACCUCAGACUGGGGCAAAGGUUAACCUUCCAACAGGACAACAACCCUAAGCACACAGCCAAGACAACGCAGGAGUGGCUUCGGGACAAGUCUCUGAAUGUCCUUGAGUGGCCCAGCCAGAGCCCGGACUUGAACCCGAUUUGAACAUCUCUGGAGAGACUUGAAAAUAGCUUUGCAGCAACGCUCCCCAUCCAACCUGACAGAGCUUGAGAGGUUAUGCAGAACGGAAUGGGAGAAACUCUCCAAAUACAGGUGUGCCAAGCUUGUAGCGUCAUACCCAAGAAGACUCAAGGCUGUAAUCGCUGCCAAAGGUGCUUUAACAAAGUACUGAGUAAAGAGUCUGAAUACUUAUGUAAAUGUAAUAUUUCAGUUUUUUAUGAAUUUGCAAACAUUUCUAAAAACCAGUUUUUGCUUUGUCAUUAUGGGGUAUUGUGUGUCGAUUUGGUGAGGCAAAAAAACUAUUUAAUAUAUUUUAGAAUAAGGCUGUAACGUAACAAAAUGUCAAAAAGGUCAAGGGGUCUGAAUAUGCGUCAGCCUACUAAUUAUACUAAUAGGCCCUGUUAUAUUAAACAAGUAAAACCAAAUUCGCUAGCCUAUACUUAUGCUGCACCAGAAUCGCAUGUUCUCUUCUGCUUCAUGGUUUGAACGAGAUGCGUAGUUCCAGUCCAUAUAAUACAGAAUAAUACAAUACAGUACAGUAAUACAGUUCACACUCAAAAAGAUUAGCCUACCGGAGCUAGUUUAAUAUAUUUACCCAAGAGAGCAUAUAGCUAGCGACAUCUGUGGGCUUUUAUGUUUUUCUGUUGUGCGUAAUGUGUUGUAGCCUAUAUCAUGUAUGUAUUGGAUAACGGCACAAUCAAUCAUUUGGGCAUUUUUGGGCUUGGGCUCAUUAAAUGUUGUUAAUGUAAGGAUCAUAAAAUUGAUUUAAUAUAUGGCUCAUCAGGCUCAGGUAGCAUCAGGUUUGACUUUUCAUGCUGAUCAAAGCUCUAAUCAAAUCCAGACAUUUAUAUGCCUUAAAAUGCUUUUGAAUUACACUUCCGGUUUUGGCGGGAAGUACCGGGUUACCCGGGAGAAAAGUGAUUUAUUCUCGAGAUGGAACAUUUGUAAAAUACCGGGAAAAUAUUCAACUCUAGUUCUAACCCUUUCACAGUGGCUUUUAUGACAUGGAAUGAAUGUCUUUGCUCCACUUACGUUUGAUUGUUCUGUGAAAUGUUUUAUCUUCAGGAGGUCAAAGUAAAUUGGGCCACCACUCCAAGUAGCCAGAAGAAAGACACAUCUAGUAAGUGUUUACAUUUGAACUUUUUCCUCUUUUACUACAAAGGCAGUAAAAAAAAAAAUACAAACAAUUUUAAAGGCACUCGCACAUCUGAGCUAUCUUUGGGGUUUUUCACAGUAAAAAAAGAAAUAAAAUAUGUUUUAUUGUCGCAUACACUGGAAAGGUGCAGUGAAAUUUAGUAGUACAGCGCCCCUGGAGAAAAUUCAGGUUAAAUGCCUUGCAUAAGAUUACAUCAACAGAUUUUUCAGCUUGUCGGCUCGGGUAUUCGAACCAGCGACCUUUCGGUUACUGGCCCAUCAAUCUAACCGAUGGGAUACCUGCCACCCAGUAGCUACAUCAGAGAAUAAUAGUGAUUCUGUCUUGGUCAUUUCAGAUCACUUCCAUGUAUUUGUUGGAGACCUGAGCCCUGAGAUCACCACUGAGGAUAUCAAAGCGGCAUUUGCACCUUUUGGGAAAAUCUCGUAAGUUGCUUUGUGUUUUAAGCUUGUUGGAUUUAGUAUGUUGUUUCCUGACUUGACAUCCUCUGGAAAUGGUUUUACUCUAUUUUAUCUGAUCAUUCGAGUAACUUUCGAGUUCUUCUCAUAAUAAAUGUGUUUGUAAGAGGUCCAUAAACAGAAUAGAUGUGUAAGCACAUACAGCAUAUACAGUGCAUUUGGAAAGUAUUCAGACCCCUUGACUUUUUCCACAUUUUGUUACAACCUUAUUCUAAAAUUGAUUAAAUUGUUUUUUUUCCCCUCAUCAAUCUACACACAAUACCCCAUAAUGACAAAGCAAACAUUUAUUUAAAUUGUUGCUAAUUUAUAAAUAAAUAAAAACUGAAGUAUCACAUUUACAUAAGUAUUCAGACCCUUUACUCAGUACUCUGUUGAAGCACCUUUGGCAGCGAUUACAGCCUCAAGUCUUCUUGGGUAUGACGCUACAUGCUUGGCACAACUGUAUUUGGGGAGUUUCUCGCAUUCUUCUCUGCAGAUCCUUUCAAGCUCUGUUAGGUUGGAUGGGGAGCCUUGCUGCACAGCUAUUUUCAGGUCUCUCCAGAGAUGUUCGAUCGCGUUAAAGUCUGGGCUCUGGCUGGGCCACUCAAGGACAUUCAGAGACUUGUCCCGAAGCCACUCCUGCGUUGUCUUGGCUGUGUGCUUAGCGUCGUUGUCAUGUUGGAAGGUGAACCUUCACCCCGGUCUGAGGUCCUGAGUGCUCUGGAGCAGGUUUUCAUCAAGGAUCUCUCUGUACUUUGCUUCGUUCAUCUUUCCCUCGAUCCUGACUAGUCUCCCAGUCCCUGCUGCUGAAAAACAUCCCCACAUCAUGAUGCUGCCACCACCGUAAUUCACUGUAGGGAUGGUGCCAGGUUUCCUCCAGACAUGACGCUUGGCAUUCAGGCCAAAGAGUUCAAUCUUGGUUUCAUCAGACCAGAGAAUCUUGUUUCUCAUGGUCUGAGAGUCUUUAGGUGCCUUUUGGCAAACUCCAAGUGGGCUGUCAUGUGCCUUCUACUGAGGAGUGGCUUCCGUCUGGCUACUCUUCCAUAAAGGCCUGAUUGGUGGAGUGCUGCAGAGAUGGUUGUCCUUCUGGAAGGUUCUCCCAUCUCCACAGAGGAACUCUGGAGCUCUGUCAGAGUGACCAUCGGGUUCAAGUUCACCUCCCUGACCAAGGCCCUUCUCCUCCGAUUGCUCAGGUUGGCCGGGCGGCCAGCUCUAGGAAGAGUCUUGGUGGUUCCAACCUUCUUCCAUUUAAAAAUGAUGGAGGCCAAAGGGUUCUUGGGGACCUUCAAUGCUGCAGAAAUGUUUUGGUACCCUUCCCCAGAUCUGUGCCUCGACACAAUCCUGUCUCGGAGCUCUACGGACAAUUCCUUCAUCCUCAUGGGUUGGGUUUUGCUCUGACAUGCACUGUCAACUGUGGGACCUUAUAUAGACAGGUGUGUGCCUUUCCAAAUCAUUUCCAAUCAAUUGAAUGUACCACAGGUGGACUCCAAUCAAGAUGUAGGAACAUCUCAAGGAUGAUCAAUGGAAAAAGGAUGGACCAGAGCUCAAUUUCGAUUCUCAGACGAAUACUUAUGUAAAUAAGGUAUUUCUUGUUUUGUUUUUGCAAAAAAAAAUUGAAACUUGUUUUUGCUUUGUCAUUAUGAGGUAUUGUGUGUAGGUUGAUGAGGACAUAUUUUUCUUUAAUCCGUUUUAGAAUAAGGCUGUAACAUAACAACAUUUGGGAAAAAGUCAAGGGGUCUGAAUACUUUCUGAAUGCGCUGUAUACUGUAGAUGUAAUUACUUUGACUAUUGGUUGAAAUUACAUUUUAAAGCACAUCACACCCAGUCUCGUUACAUAAAUCACUCUCCCUGUUUUGAUCCUUUGUGAAAAACAGGAUGACAGAACAAGUGACAAAGUAUUUUCAAUUGUAACAUAUAGAUAUUGACUUUGUCUGUAUCAAAACCCCCACACUAAUUUCACAACACCAACUAUUUUCACUGCCAACAUUGAAUGUGUAGCUUUCUAUUUUCCCCUCAUGCUUUUUUGAUAAAUGUAGGAAAUGGUAAGUAGUUUGGGAUGUCAAAUUUAAGAUGGCAGUUCAAGCUUUGUAUGUGUAACCCUGAAAAGCUUUCAGCCUUUCUGUAAUUGUGAGUCUCAGUUAAGUAAUAGCGUUCUGGUUAUUUUACAGAAAUGCUCAUAGGAUUGGACAGGAGCUUGAAGUCUUACAGCAAGGAAGUGUGCACACUGGAAACUCAGAUGUAGACCUUUUCUCAUACCUAUUUAUUCUAUUUGUUUGUUUUUGUAUUUUUUGUAUUAACAUGACCUAGUUUAGUAUAACAAACUCCAAUAUUCAAUACAAAUACUUAAGAUCUGUGUAAAACUGAUUCUGGUUUGUUAGUAUUGUUGAUAGUUUUAUGCUCCUUUCCUAAAAAUCUGAAAAUGUAAAUGUUUUCAAAUUUGCAGCUCCCCAACUCCAUAUUGGUGGUAAAGAAUUUACCAGGAAAAAUAAAGAAAUCUGUUAACAGGCCAUGUAUGCCAUUUAAUUCCUGUUUUUCUCUUUGAUAUUUAUAUAUAUUUAUAUUAGUAGGAUGAGCACCAUCAGCAGAUAUUAGGAAUGCAUGGUAAUCCAUAAGAAGUGUUGCAGAUUAUAAUUGGUGCACUGUGACAGGGAACCCUUAACUGAAAAUGAAACAGUUAAAAUAUCAGUGUAGGUUGCAUUUCUUUGUACUUGUUUUUGUUUUCAAAUGCUGCUUUUUAUCAGUAAUCAGUUUAGGAUUUUUAAGGUAGUUAAAGGUGCUUGAAUUUUUGUAAUGCAAUUUCAGAAAAUAUCCAUAAUAUAUCUGCCGUUAAUAGUGGAGUGAUAUGUUUCACAGUAUUACCGACCCACCAGUGUUGUGAUUGGCUGUGAUAUUCACCUAUUGAUUUCUCCCGCCAGAGUGACAUCUGUUGUCAAAAUGGGAAAGCUGUUCUGACUUUGUGGCUGUGUUGUCUAGUGGAAAUUGCUGUGUCAUUUACUGGUUGCAAAAUUUCUACACUGUUCGCUAAAUUUCAGUUUAAGUGAGAAAACUAGCACUGAAUAGUGCAGGUAAUCAUUGUACCAUCUAAAUCGCUGUGUAUUUAUUGUUUUUUUUCUCGCUGUUUGAAGCUGGUGGACCAAAACCAAAACGGUUACAGCUUCAAACAGCUGUAAAAACGGUAUUUCUUGUUAUUUAAAAUAUAUUUCACACCGAUUUAGAUGGUACAAUGAUUCCCUACACUAUUCAGUGCUUGUUUUCUCACAUAAACUGAAAUUGAGCGAACAGUGUAGAACUUUAGCAACCAGGAGAUGACACAGCGAGUUCCACUAGAUGCUACAGCCACAAAGUCCGAACAGCUUUCCCAUUUUGACAACAGAUGCUGCUCCGGUGGGAGAAAUCAAUGGACUGAUAUCACAGCCAAUCACAACACUGGCAGGUAUGUAAUACUGUGAAACACUAUCAUUCCACUAUUAAUGCAGCUAUAUUAUGGACCUUUUCUGAAAUUACAAUGCAAAAAUUUAAACAAAUUCUAUGUGUAGCACCUUUUAAGAUAUUUAUUGGGAUUUUGUGUGACAAUGUAGUCGAUUCGCAGUUCAGUGUGUGUGUGUGUGGUUCCUUUUUUUAAAUGUUAUGCAUGUAAUACAGUGGUGCAGUGGUCUGAUGCUAUUGUCUUGUGUCCUUCCAGGGAUGCUCGUGUUGUGAAGGACAUGACUACAGGGAAAUCUAAGGGGUAUGGAUUUGUGUCCUUCUAUAACAAACUGGUAAGGCUCCAGUGCAGGAACACAAGAUGAAGGUUAUUUCUAUUUCUGUUUACUAUUUUCAGUAGAUUUGAUCUUUAGACAAUUUAAACGUUUUAUAAAUAAGUACACUGUAAAUGCACAUUUCGUGUUCUCUGUUGAUCAUUUUGUAACUUAAGUACAAGUUGUAGUAUAUUUGAUAGUUAAUUAUUCCUGUUGAAUAUUCGUAUCCAUCCAUCUAGUAUGCAAAACAUGUUUAAAAUGACAUAAAUAGCACAUCGUUUAUAGAAUAUGUAUAGAACAAUGUAGAAUCUGGAGAGGAAACGUUGUCUUUUGUUUUAAACAGGAUGCAGAGAAUGCCAUCGUGCACAUGGGGGGACAAUGGUUAGGGGGACGCCAGAUCAGGACCAACUGGGCAACUCGCAAGCCACCCGCCCCAAAGAAUGUGCAAGACAGUAAGUAUGAGUGAGAUAUGACUGUGUUGAUUUAACAGAGUUGAAAUGGGAGUUAUGCUCAUAUUCAUCUCCUUUGUAUGUUUACACCAGAUGGCUCGAAGCAGCUGAGGUUUGAAGAUGUAGUGAACCAAUCCAGUCCCCAGAACUGCACCGUGUACUGUGGAGGAAUCCAGUCAGGACUAUCAGGCAAGUUCAUUCAAACAUGAUAAGUUACACAGAGACUGUUUUAGAAUCAAUCGUUAGAUGUUUCCAACAAAUAAAGUUUUGGAAACAAAGACUGGGUUGGCAGACAAAGUUGGAUGAUUGUUUCAUUGAAAUCUUUUUCCUUGCAGAGCACCUCAUGCGACAGACAUUUUCGCCCUUUGGACAAAUCAUGGAAAUAAGAGUUUUCCCAGAGAAAGGUUACUCUUUCAUCAGGUACCAUUUUGUUCUGAGCAAAGAUUCUGAUUUUGUUUAUGUAUAAUAAUAAUAAUAAUAAUAUGCCAUUUAGCAGACGCUUUUAUCCAAAGCGACUUACAGUCAUGCGUGCAUACAUUUUUGUGUAUGGGUAUAACACUAAUGGGUAUAACACAUUGUAUGGGUAUAACACAUAGUGUAUGGGUAUAACACAUUUUUGUGUAUGGGUAUAACACUAUGAAUUGCCUCAUUCUGCGUGUAGAUGGCAGUACCGGUACAUGGCUCAGUAAUACAUCUUCUAAUACUACACCAAAUGCCAUAAUUUAUUAAUAGUAUGUACACUAUUUAUAAAUGGUUUGUUUAUUCAUGAUUUGUAUUCUUGGAACUGUACUUAUUACUUAACACUGUCAACCAUUAAAAACCCGUCCCGUGUAGCUCAGUUGGGUAGAGCAUGGCGUUUGCAACGCUAGUGUUGUGGGUUCGAUUCCCAAGGGGGGCCAGUAUAAAAAAUAAAUGGAUGCACUCACUAAAUGUAAGUUGCUCUGGAUAAGAGCGUCUGCUAAAAUGACAAAAAUGUUUAAAAUAAAUAAAUAAAAUGCACAUUUUUAUUUUACAUUGUGAUAUUAUACUGCUGAAUGACUUUUCUUGACCACUGUUUCUUGUCGACAUUUGUGUUCUUCUGACAGGUUCUCCUCCCAUGAAAGUGCUGCCCAUGCAAUUGUUUCUGUAAAUGGAACGUCCAUCGAAUGUCACAUAGUUAAGUGCUACUGGGGCAAAGAAUCCCCCGACGUUGCCAAAAACAUACCACAGGUAGGACACCAGUAUCUUUCAUUGAGAUACUGCUCAAUUACAAUAUAGACAUUUCCCAGUGCACAUUGUUUUUUUCUUUACUCACCCAGAAAAAUGUAUCCUGCUUUGUAUUAUGAUUCAUUUGAUCUUUAAACAGAUGGAGUAUGGUCAGGGUCAGUGGGGACAAUGGAACCAAAUGUAUGGGAGCCCCCAGGCCCAGCAGUAUGGACAACAGUACAUGGCAAAUGGAUGGCAAGUGCCCUCUUAUGGAGUGUCUUAUGGACAGUCUUGGAAUCAGCAAGGAUUUGGUGUAGAGUAAGUAUAAACUAGUUACUUAGAUCAUGCACAUUGUGAAAUCCUCUUGAAAGGAUAAUUAUUUCCUAAGUAUCCAAACACGUUCAGUUGUAUGCAGCACUUCUUCAUUAUGGAGUUCUGUUCUUGUCGUGUCCAGUUAUGGUUGACUGACUGCCACUUUUUCAGACUAUACUGUAGGCUUCCUGGUGUGAUUGCACAAAAGAGUCAAACAUUGCUGGUUACAUUCAUACAUGUUUUAAUCAAGACUGUUUGCUUUCCUCAACAGUAUAUAUUUAAAAUGUUAACACCAUGGAAGUUAUAAAGCUCAUGUAACUUUUACUACUUUUCUGUCGGCAAUAUUCUCCUUAACCACAGUUUCUUGUUGACAUCUGCAAGCAUAGGCCUACAUCCAGUGUCAUAGCGAACCUGGUGAAAUGGUUAGACUCCAGAGCCACACUAAACUAUGAGAUCUUGUUUACAGGGACUCCAUUCUGGCUGCAGCAGCACAGAACAUUUCAAGGUGACGAACGCACUCAGUGUUUUACAGCCCAAAGCUUUCACUUACCAGCCUCUGCAUCAUGCCGUGACCCUUGUUGUGGGUGUCUUCUCUCUUGCAGACAGUCCCAGUCCCCAGCCUGGGUGGGAGGGUUUGGAUCCCCGGCACCGUCCCAGCCCCAGACCGGUCCUGUGAUGCCCAACCAGGGAAACUUCAACAUGGCUGGCUACCAGACACAGUGAGCAGGCUCUCACUCACAUCAGUAACACAGUCAUGUCGGAAUUAGUGGACUUUCAAUUAGGAGAACGUAAAGAAAUGAGCAUUGUAAUCAUCUGGAGAGAUUGUGUGUUAAAGCAGAGAAGAUCAGGA